AAGAAAAAAGUAAAGCCGAACUUAGCAAGGCGUUUGGUGGUUCGUUGCGACUUUUGUGCUUUAUUAUCAAAAUAUCUGCCGUAAAUCAGGGCGAAAUUGUUCCUGCCAGAAUAAAGAAAGAAUACACUUCUCUUGUGGCUAGCUUAGCUUAGCUUCCUUUUUGUGUGUGUGUGCUAGCUGUGAAGAGCGAGACGCGGAAGUUAGCAACGCAUCGCUAAGAAGAGGCGAUCAAGUGUGAGUGUAAAUUGCUGUGAUUAUCGUGUGAAAAUGUGUAAAGUGGAAAUAUUGAGAGCGUUGUUAAAUCAGCGACUAAGUGCGGCAGUUGAAGAAGUGUUUGUAGUGUUUGCAAGAACGAUAGCAGAGUACGAGGAGGAGCUUUGCCGAACUAAAGAGGAGAACGAAAGACAACGUCAACUACUGGACGCUGUUUUCAAGCCUCAGGUUGCGUUCCACCAUACAGACGAAAAUGAAGAACAUCUUCCCCCAGAGCAGCAGAACGACCAGUCCAGGGUGUAUCCCGCCUUUAGCCCAAAGUCAGCUGGGACAGGCUGUAACUCACCCACCACCUUUUCGAGGAUAAGUGGUAUGGAAAAUGGGUGGAUGGGUGAGCAGCAGAAGGAGAACUUCGGGUUGGCGCAAGAGGAGCCAGAGACACCCCACGUGAAAGAGGAAGAGAACGCUACCGUUAUCACCAACUGUCCGCUGACCAGUGUCGCUUUGAAGACAAACGAUAAUGACGGCAACGGUCUGAGGUCCCAGCUUCAUCCCAGGCAAAGUGUGGAGAACAGAUGGGCCGAGCCCUCGAGCAGCAGCUCAACGCAACCCAUGAAAACCGAAGACGAUGGAGGCCGAUGUGGAGGAUCACGAGCGGACGGCCUCUUAGCUCCGGUCUCGCUUGACACUGUUGAUGAACACUCUCAAGGUGAUGUGACGUGCCACACCGACAACACACACUGGAAAUGUUCUCAGUGUGGGGAAACCUUUGGUGCCAAGAAAAAUCUAAGAAGACACAUGGUGCUCCACACGGGAGACCAGCCUGUCAGUUUUUCUCAUUCCAAAAUAGUCUCUACAAAGGGACAUUUAACAACAAUUACAAAAGCACACACUGGAGAUAAACCACAUUCCUCUUUUAGUGAUCAUUCACCUAUGAUUAAUGGUAAGAAAACACACACUGGUGAGAAACUGUUUAAGUGCUCAGUAUGCAGUCAAACAUUUUCACAAAAACAAAAUAUGAUGACCCACAUGAGAAUACACACUGGAGAGAGACCUUUUGCCUGCUCAGUUUGCGGUCUACGAUUCACUCAAAAGAUUACUUUAAUACAUCACAACAGAACACAUACCGGUGAGAGACCGUUCUCCUGCUCGGUGUGUAAGAAAGGUUUUGCACAUCCUGCCUCACUUAUGAGGCACAUGAGAACACACAAUGGUGCGAAACCAUUUGUGUGCCCAAAUUGUGGUCAAGGAUUUUCUGUUCAAUGCACGUUGAAAAAGCACAUGAGGACACACUGGUGAUAAAUUGUUCAGUGACAGUUUGUGCGACAAAAAUAUCUCAUAUGUAGUUUGCAUAUUCUUCUUGUGUGACCGGUAUGUGAUGUGAUGAAAGUCAAUUGGAUUAGGCCACAGCUCACCUGCGACCCUAAUGAGGAUAGCACAACAGAAAAUGGAUGGAUGGACUUUGAGAGACUGACUUUGUGGCCACUCAGUUCGUAAACCGAGUCUGGGAAAAUAUAAAAAUGCUGAACCAAGGUUUGACUGUAGUUCGAUGCGUGGCGGCGUUGACACAAAGGAAAGAAGCCACUGAGUCUCGUGUGUUAAACGUUGCACUCUAACUAAACACUAGUGCUGUUACGCCUCUGGUACGACCUCGGACGCUGGAAUCUUUGGCGUAGACGUCAACCCUCAACCCCACAUGAUUAGCAUCAUCAUAGGACAAGGCAGGAAAAAAGACGGCCAAGAUGACUAGUGGGAAAGUCGUGUGUCACAACCCUGUAAAUAAGUUUAAAUAAGCUUCAUGCUUUAUUUUUUGAAAGGGGUCUAAUUAUGUGAAAGGGAAUUUUAUUGAAUGGAUUGUAUGCAAAUACUGUAGUUUUGUCUGACGUGCCUGUCCACUCGUCAAGUGUGAAAAAACAACCAUAUAAAUCUUGCUUUAGCUGUUUCUGAAAAUGUGUCUAUGAGAGAGCCCUUUUGCAUUUCUACACCUGUGACUUGAAGCCGGGCUAGGUGAAGAUCCAGAAACCAUGGUUGGACUACACUGUUUAAGAAUCUAUCAUGUCAAAUCCAAAAGGUAAGCAGACCUGCGUUGAGUUUUGUUGGAUGCAAAGAUUUGCACAUACUUGAUCGCCGUGUAGUGAUGAAAUACUGUCUUCACAGGUGAAAAUACAGUGCAAUAGAACGUAAUAUUCAAUCUUAGUGUGUGUUCACUCACACACUAAGAUUGAAUAUUGCAUUCUAUUUAAAAGUGCAAACAUUGGUGAAAGUCUACAUUGUGUUUUUGAUGAGAAUGUUCUGGGGGAAAAUGUCAUAGUUUGGGUUUAAUUCUAUUACUAUGGAAUAGUGGAUUUUAGAGGUGCAUUCUUUUUCAAAAGUUUUUGGAUUGAACCAUAUUGUUGUUUUUUGUUGUUGUUGUUUUUUGCUCACAAUUUCUCCACAUUUGGAAAAUAAUCUCAACAAACAGAUGAUACUAGCGUGCAUAAAUGCUUUCCUGGUUGGAACAGAUGAAGGUAAAUGUUUAUAGAUAAAAGUAUGAGUAACAAAUGACACGGUUCAUGAUGGGGCUCGAAAUAAAAACCUUAAAAUUACAUGACUGAUGCUUCCCUGACUGAGCAUUUCACGUUCUACUAUAGUUACAGGUAUUUGUGGUUUUGCGUGUGUUUAUAUAUAUAUAUAUAGAUCCCCUGACAUAUCUG